AUGGAAUAUGUUGUUUUCGUGGUGAUAUUGGCGCACUUCGUCACGCUCGUGCUGCUGGCGACGAGCGGGGAGUCGACGCGGGCGAUAUCGAGCUUGAGCGAGUUGGCGAAGUCGCCGCUUCGCGCGAUCGACGCGGCAAUCUUGUGCGUGUACUCGAUCGAGGCCGCGGCGCGGAUUUUCAGUCUUGGAUUUAUAGGGCACAAGCACGCGUACAUGUCGAGCGUGUACAACCAGGUCGAUCUCGCCAUCAUCGCCGUGAGUUGGCUUUCGAUGACGAUGCAGUGGCACGGGAGCGAUUCGCUGUUCACGCGCGUGCGCGUCGGACAAUUGCGAUUCUUUCGCGGGGUGCACGCGCUCAAACGGUUCAAGCUCGCGACUUCCGUGGUUUUCAUCGCGGAAUCGCUUCAGAAGUCCAUCGUGCUUUUACGCGAUGUCGCCGCCAUUACUGUGAUUUGCGCCGUGUUUUACGCGCUCAUGGGUAUGGGUAUCUUCGGCGGUUCGCUUCGACGGCGAUGCGUGGAGACGACUUCGGCGGAGACCGCGCGCAUGUUUUACACUGCGGUGAGCGAUCCACCGUUAUUUUGCGGGGACGUCGGCAAUUUACCGAAUCAUAAAGGCUACGUGUGCCCGGGGGUGUACGAUUCCAACUCUUCGUUAUUUUGCAGCGAUUUGGUCGGCAAUCCACAGCACGGUUAUCAAUCGUUCGAUAGCUUCGGGUCAACGCUGCUCGUGAUGUUUCAAACAAUCACGAUUGAGGCGUGGCAGGAUGUGAUGUACCCAAUCGUCAACGCCGAGUAUAAAGCGUCGGCGGCGUACUUUGUGACACUCAUCAUCGUGGGGACGUACUUCAUCGUCUCUGUCUUCGUCGCCGCAGUGAGCGGAGUGUUCCUCCGGCUCCGACGCGAGCACCAGAUGAUGCUGCGAAGUAAAUCAAGAAACGGGGCAUCGUCCGAUGAUGAGCUCGAAAGCGAGCUCGCGAUUCGAAAACUUAUUCGAAGGUUAAACGGCGGCACGGGCGAAACGUUAGCCUCGAUCGCGGAAGCGGCGUUGACGAGAAAGCGAAUGCUGGAAGAAGGAGACAACGAUCAAACUCGAGCAAUACCGAGCGGUGUUGCGCGGCCAAAACGCGAUCGGUUAUCAGAGCGCAUUAAUCAUCCGUAUUUUGACAAGAUGGUGAGAAUUUUAAUCGCUGCGAACAUCGCCGUCAUGGCACUGUAUCGAUUCGAUUUGGACGACACAAAGAAAGAAUAUCUCGUCAUCGCCGAAGGUUUUUUCGUGUCUGCGUUCAUGCUUGAAGUGAUAUUACGGGGACUUGCGGCGAAGGACAUCGGUCGACGUAUCGUGACGUUCAAGCCGACGAAUGAGGAUUUGAUGCUGGUUUUCGACACGGGCGUCGUCGCAAUUAGUGCAACGGUGAUGUGGGGCAAAGGCAUGAAUUUGACUUCGCUGCGCAUCCCGCGGCUAUUCAAGACUUUCGGACCUGCAAAGUCGCAAACAGGCGUGGACACCAUAAAUCGUGUCUUCAAGUCGCUCGGCUCCCUUCUUUCCUUGUUUUUAUUCUACGUCGCAAUUCUCGCCAUGUACGCCGUGCUCGGUAUGCAACUAUUCGCGAAUCGUGAUGCUGGUUUGGAAGACAUGCCACGUCUGCACUAUAAUACGUUUCCACAAGCCAUGUUGGCGUUGUUUGUCGCCAGCACGGGUGAGGGUUGGACAGAUUUGAUGUUUCACGGCGUGCAGAUCACAAAUGCGGCGAUUCCGUUUUAUAUUUCGUUCUUCGUGCUCGUCAACUACAUCGUUCUCAACCUCGUAAUCGCCGUAGUUCUCGAGAACUUGGAGUUGCGAGACGUUGAAAAGACAAUUGUCCAAUCCGAGGAAUUGGUGAAACGAACGGUGAAGAUGGCGAUGCGAGAUCAAAAGUUUGUAGAUUUCAUGGAGCGCGCUCGCGUGAAAUUCAAGUUAACGCUCAGCGGACGCCGUUGGACGGUCGAACGCGCACAUCGACUUUCACCGUGGCUAGAGCUUCGUUCGGAGACGGAACGGCGUAUAUCUAAAGCUAUUGAGCGAGAGAUUGCGGUGUCGCUUGUGCAAAAGGCGACGUCAGAUACAAAGGUUGGUGGCGAAUUUGUACUGUGCGAGUCCAAGUUCGUCCAAGUCGCGCCAAACUCAGUGGGAGACGACAUGGCGCCAGCCGGCGCGGAUGCCGGCGGGCUGACCGUGUGCAUGAAAGUUCGUGUAGACAACGAUAGCGCGCACGCCUUAGGAAAUAGUACAACGGGGAAAGCGGCAUCGCGACACAAUCCCAUCGCUAGAGGCGGCGACGACGACGGGCGCGUGGAGAUUAUCUUUGAAGACGCUGUCUCCAAAGCUACUGACUUCGCGGCGUGCCCAGCUCUACCGUGGUACAUAUCCGACGACGCAUUGUGUAUAUUUCCUUCGUCGGGUAAAUUACGAACAACCUUACGCAGAGUGCUUCGAUCGCGAUGGUACGAGCGCAUAAGUUUUUCUUUCGUCGUCGUAUCCGUCCUCGCGGUUUUGGCGACCAAGCCUGUGGAUCAAAUAAACGAGCUUCAAAAACAUGUCGAUACUGCAAACUACGCCGUUUGUGGAUUCUUCUUGGUUGAUUUCAUCAUGAAUAUCAUCGCACACGGGCUCAUACUCACGCCGGCGCCGUUCGUCGGCAGGGUUUGGAAUGUAUUUGACAUGGCCAUCUUGAUCAUCGACGUGAUGAUUGUGGCCUGUCCCCUAAUACUCGGUGACGCAUACACGAGGUACUGGCGCCGCGCAUUUAAUAUGGCGGCACCCAUGCGACCGAUUCGAAUCAUGACGCGGGUGACGUCGAUGCAGCGACUCGUGAAAACGCUUGUGGUGACGCUUCCAACGAUCAGUGGGAUCAUCAUGCUCACGGGGGGGAUGUUCCUGGCGUUCGCGAUCGUCGCCAUUCGCGAAUACGGCGGGACCUUUUACAGCUGCAACGAUUUAAUGGUGAUGACAAAGAUCGAGUGCGUCGGUACAUUUGUCUCUACUGGAGGCGACAUCAUCGCUCGCGAGUGGAAUAGAAAUCUGUUCGAGUUUGAUUGGAUAGGCAGUGCCAUGCUCACAUUGCUCGAAACGGCGUCUUUGGACGGUUGGAUCGAAGUCAUGUUUGCAGCGAUGGAUAAAACUGGCGUAGGCAUGCAACCUCGAUUUGAACGCAACUGGCCCGCGGCAUUCUUUUUCGUCGCGUUUAUAUUGAUUGGCUCGUUUCUCAUGAUUCGUACGAUCAUCGGUGUUUUCAUUCAUCAGUUUGGUUUGAUAUCAGGUCGCAAGCUUCUCACUGAGAGGCAAAAAUUGUGGCACGACAUGCACAAGGUGGCGCUUUCGCUCAAACCGAUGCGAAUGAAAUUUCUGCCACCUCGAGGUCUUCGUAGAGUGUGUUUUCACAUAGUCAACCAUCGAAGCUACCGAGCGUUCGUGUUGAUCGGAGUCGGCUUGAACGCGGCUUUAAUGGCGACUGAGCGCUACGGCGACGGCGAAAGCGUUUUGGCUCACGUUCGUUCGAUUGGUGAAAUUUGCUUCGUCGGUGUGUAUUUGAUAGAGGUGUUGUUGCAAGUCAGCGCGGCGUACCCGAGCGUGCGCCACUACUUCUCGAAUAAGUGGAAUGCUUUCGAGCUCACGCUCGCGGUCGGUUCUGCGGUGACGUUACAAAGUAAAGCUGGAUCGUUGCGCGAUCAAAUAGGUAGGCCGUUUAGGUUCCUGCGCGUCUUUCGCAUCAUUCGCCAUGUUCAGUCUUUGCAGAUCCUGGCGAGCACACUCUUACUGGCGAUUCCGAGUAUAUUAAGUGUCAUGGGUUUGAUGUUGAUUUGGAUGUUCAUGUACGCCGGCAUCGGAACACAGAUUUUCCCUAACGUAAAGUUUGGCGAAGCUUUGAACAAGGAUGCGAAUUUCCAAACGUUCACUAGUUCUUUCCUCUUGCUGUUUCAAGUCAUCACGGGCGAAGGGUGGCGGCAAUACAUGUAUGAUCUCAUGGUCACCACACCUGAUUGCACGCACUCGGAGGCGUCGUCGGAUUGUGGAUUUCCCGACGGUGCGGUGCUGUACUUUGUCACGUACGUCAUCGCCAUGGGCUACGUUUUCACCAACCUCUUCGUUGCGUCCAUUUUAGACCACGUCACCUUUGGUGUCCUACGCGAGGCCGCCAUCAUUACCCCAAAACACCUUUACGACUUCCAACAGGUCUGGAGCAAGUACGACCCGCUGGCAACCGGUUUCAUCGGUGCGCACAGACUCGGCGAGCUGUUACGAGAUCUCAGCCCACCGCUCGCCGUCGAAUUCCGCGGCGCGCUCCUUGAGAAAUCACCCGUCUUUCGCGAGCAAGCGGAGCGUGCCGCGGCUUUAUGGCGCCGCCGCAUCAUGUACGAAUCUAUAUCGAUUCACGUCCCUGGUCGCGGGAUCCCCUUCACCCCUCUCCUAGAAUCCCUCCUCGCAACCAAGCUCGGCGCCGCCGCCCUAUCGCUCGCCGAGCGACUCGCCCGUCAAAAACGUCUUCGCGACGUCGAAGCCUGGGGCGCCGCCGUCGUCGCCCAGUCCUACAUUCGUGGUCACAUCACUCGCAGACGCUUGCGAAUCGAGCGUUCGAAGCGCAUCGCCGCCUCGCGCGCGUGA